AUGUCUGUAUCUGGUAGCAACAGUGGUAAAUCGUACUCGUGGACUGAUGUUUCGGGUAACGUGUACUACUAUUACAAGCAUCCUAUGACCAAGGCUGUUUUGUUCAUUUUACUACAGGAAUUAUGUGAACGUUUGGCCUUCUACGGGUUGAUGCCCAACCUUCAGAUUUUCCUCAAGGAGUAUCUUGGGGUUGAUGACGCUGGUGCUAAUUCGUAUAUCUCUACGUUCAACGCUAUCCUUUAUGUUACUCCACUUCUCUCUGCUGUGAUAUCGGAUACGAUACUUGGACUCUAUCUCACUAUUCUGGCAUUCUCCUUCGUUUACAUGGCGGGUUUGGCUCUUCUAACGCUGUCUACGAUACAUUCGAUUAGUCAGCCGUGGAUGAUCCAUGUCUCACUACUCUUCCUAAUCGCAUUUGGUGCGGGUGGAAUUAAGAGUUGUGUGAAUGUCAUGGGAGCUCAACAGUUCCAUCCUGAGGAGCAUAAAGAUCUUAUUACAAGGUAUUACACCUAUUUCUAUGCUUCUAUCAAUCUUGGUUCUAUUGUUGGUGGUAUUGUCACUCCGAUUUUGGUCGAAUCGGUCUCUUUCACUGCAAGCUUUUCUUUCCCUUUAGUUGCCUUUAUCAUUGCAACGAUUGUUUUUAUUGGGGGUAACUUGAUGGGUCGUUAUGUCAAGCCUAAGCCUCAGGGAUCUGCUGUAUUGGAGAUCCUCAAGGUACUCUUCUUUUCUAUUACGAGGUGCUCCCUGGAAAAGAACAAGGAGUCCAAUGGUGGUCGUUUCAAGGAUGGUUUCAUUGAGGAUGCAAAGGCACUCUUCCGAUUGGUGCCUUUAUUUUCCCUCAUUAUACCUUUCGUGAUGGCUUACAAUAACAUGACGACAGCUUUCCUAACUCAAG